GUUGUUCCAGGUUCCAGCAACGAGCACUGCCCCUCUGACCUGAGUUGGAGAUGAGCUCGACCCGAAAGAGACCGUACCCUUACCCGGACGAUCCAUCCGAAUCAGAGCCCAACCACCGCCGCACCCAGCCCUUCCCCUCCUACCUGGACUCCCCCUCCUCCCUCUCCCCCACCGUCAAAACCCUCUGCCACAUAAUCGCCACCACUCCCUCUCACUCCAUCGAGCAAUCUCUACACGACUCCUCCCUCUCCGUCACUUCCUCCGACGUCGAGCAAGUCCUCAAGCUCUCCUACGCCUUCCCCUCCCAGGCCGUCAAGUUCUUCCGCUGGUCCGGCCGCCACCACCUCUCCGACUGCCACUCGCCUUACUCAUGGAACCUCGUAGUCGACCUCCUCGGCAAGAAUCGCUUCUUCGAUGCCAUGUGGGACGCUAUCAAGUCCAUGAAGAAGGAGCGACUCCUCUCUCUCGCUACCUUCGCUUCUGUCUUCAGCAGCUACGUCGCCGCCGGCAGAGUCCACGACGCCGUCAUGACCUUUGAGGUCAUGGGAAACUACGGCUGCGUCAACGACGUCGUUGCACUCAACUCCCUUCUCAGUGCCGUCUGCAGGGACGCCAGAACCCGCGACGCCAACGAGUUCUUCCAGAUGGCGAAGAAGUUGGUUCGCCCCGACGCUGAUUCCUACGCGAUCUUGAUGGAAGGUUGGGAGAGAGAAGGGAAUGUCAGCUGCGCUAAAGAGACUUUCGCUGAGAUGGUGAUUGAGGUUGGUUGGGACCCUGCUAAUGUUCCUGCUCAUGAUUCUUUUCUGUGUACUUUGAUUAGAAGCGAAAAUGGGGUUAGAGAGGCCGUUAAGUUCUUCGAUUCCAUGAGCGAUAGGAAGUGUUAUCCUGGAAUUAGGUUUUUCAAGGUUGCUUUGGAUGAGUGUGUGAAGGAUCAUGAUCUUAGGAAUGCUGAGUUUCUCUGGGAGGUUCUAGUGGGGAAGGCGGGGUUAAAGGCGAAUACUCAGCUGUAUAAUUCCAUGAUUGCUUUGUAUUGUUAUCACACUGAUAUGGAUUCGGCAAGGAAGUUGUUUGAUGACAUGAUUUUCAACGGGGCUUUCCCGGACGCCUUUACUUAUAACUUGUUGUUUAGGUUCUUGAUCAAGGCCAGGAAGUUGAGGGAGGCUGCGGUGGUUUUUGCGGAGAUGGUAAAGAACGAGUUUGUGCCAGACCGGCCUACUUGCGAUGCAGCUAUUAGGGCUUACAUUAACGAUGAGGAUGCUUUUAUGGCCAUGAAAGUUUGGAAGUGUAUGGGGGAGAAUCACCAGGAGGAUUUGAAGGAUACCGCUAAUUUUCUGAUUCAGGGGCUUCGCGAUUUGAGUAGGGUCCCCGAAGCUGUUAAGUAUGCUGAGGACAUGAUUGAAAGGGGAAUCAAGGUAACCUCUUCCACAUUGUCUAAGUUGAAACAGAGCCUUGUCAAAGAGAGGAAAGAAUUUGUGUAUGAAGAACUUUUGAGAAAGUGGAAAAGAUCUCAUUAGGUAGGUUGGAGUUUGCUGAACUUGCUUAUCUUUAUUUCAAUCCUCAUCUUUUAUGUAUAUAGACUUGCAGAUUUGCAACAGAAAGGAAAUUUCAGUAAUUUUAUACUUC